AUGACGAGCGGGCAAGGCGAAGAUGGCGCCGUGCUGAUCCUCAACGGUCUACCAGCGCGGACUCAGCUCGUGCUGGAUGCGCACCCGCAGGCGUACGUGAUCAACGACCAGUUCGCGGGGAUCAAAUCGCUCGCCCCGGGCUGGCACUGCAUAUCUUGGUCGCUCGACUCCGAAGCUGGCAACGAAGCGAAUGCCGGAGGCCCGUCUGUGGAAGGAUCGAUCCGCAACGUAGCACUGCGCUACUUCGAGUCGCAGGAGAUCGCGAUUCGCGAUCUCGACCGUAUCCAUCAGCGGCUGGUGGUUCCGAAUCCUGAUGCGGCUAGCAGCACAGCAAGAUACAGGGCGAUGCGGGUUAGCAGAUCGUGCAACGCAGGGACUAGUCAGCAGCUUCAAGCGGUAGUUUCGCAGGGAUUUCUCGCGAGCGUCCAGUCGCGGCUACUACCGGCGCCGGAAGAGGCGCAGCAGCGAUGGCGUAAAGCAACGCAACACCUUGGAUGUGCCGGCGGCGCAAUCGGUCGCAAAGUCGUGGCGCGGGUGGUUGGCAUUGAUCUGGAAAGCGGCGAUGCGAGUACGGAUAGCCUGGCGUCUGGACCACGCAGAUCCAACGAUCCAAAAGAAGAAGAGGGAUUCCAACGAACCGGCAAUGUCGGCCGGAACGAGAACGGCAUAACGAUUUGGGGCAAAUCGCAGCCUGCUCACAGCCAUGUUGAAGUGGAGAGUGACGGCGAGGGAUCAGCCGAGGAAGCGACCGAAAGGACAAUAGGAGCGGAGAAUCGAAAGCGAAAACGCACCGAGAAUCAUGCCACGGAAGGAGCCGAAGAGUCCGACGAUGGAGUGCUGCUAUUCACCGAGUUUGACCUGCGGCGAAGCUGGCCACCAAACGCGGUUGGCGCAGAACUAACGCGCUGGAGUCAGGACAAGAGCUGGCUGCUGCGCGACGUAGCCGCACGGGCUCGUCGAGGCAUUGCAUCGGAUGAGAACAGGCAGUCAGGGUGGUACCUGCCGCUCCUAUGCGAGAUGGAGCUGGCAUUCGUGCUGUUCGUCAUGGCGAGCAACGUGCAUGCGUGGGACGAGUGGAAAGACCUACUCUCACUCUUCUGCCGCGCAGCAUCGAUCAUUGGCUCUCAGUCAGCGUUUCACCUCCAUCCUGCUUCCAUCGAUGCCUCUUCAGCUCAGCUCAUGGAUGUCGACGUGGAGCAGGUCAGGGUCGACGCGCACGUGGCGUUUCUCGACACGCUCGCUGCCCAGCUAGACCUGCUUGACGGGGAAUUCUGGUCGAGCCAGUCCACGACAAAGGAAGAACAAGCGGCUCUCAAGGAGCUGGAUGUGCUGCGAGCGAACAUCGCAAGGUCUCUUGCGCUGGCUGGCACGGUUGAGGCUGGAGGAGGGGACGAAGAGGGGAGGGCGAGGUUGGUCGCGGCCUGGAGGAAAGUGUCACAUUUGGCGGCGAGCAAGUUUGGAUGGCAGCUCGACCGCAGGCUGGACGAAGAGGCCGAGAUCGAGGACGAUAUCGAGGCGGAAGAAGGCGAAGAUGCGCCAGUGAUUGUAGACACGUAG